GGGUGGGUGGGUGCGCGCGCGCGCGGUUCUGGGCGUGUUUGCUGCUGAUGCAUUGAAAAGGAACUUGGCUCGCCCGAGGAGGACUUGACUUUGGACCUUGUGCGCGCUUGCAGCUCCCGUGUUCGUCUCCACUCAACGGCAAGAUGAAUUUCGCGAAACACUUCAUCAGUGGCAUCCUGAAUGUCGUCAGCAACAUCGAUCCGAGCAUCUUCACCCCUUCAGAUCCACCCCCUCCCCGCAGACCCCUGGCGUUCGAGGAGGCUCAUGAGAACGACGAGGAGAAAGCGUUUCGCAGAGCGUUCAAGAAGCUGGCUGGAGACGACAUGGAGGUGAACCCCAAAGAGUUGAUGGACAUCCUCAACCAAGUUCUCACCAAACAUGGAAAUUUGAAGACGGACGGUUUCAGCAUCGAGUCGUGCAGAAGCAUGGUGGCCGUCAUGGACAGCGACAGCACGGGCAAGCUGGGCUUCCAUGAGUUCAAGUACAUGUGGAACAACAUCAAGAAAUGGCAGGGUAUCUACCUGUCUCACGACAAGGACAAAUCGGGCCUCAUCUGCAGCAAAGAACUCUCGCACGCCUUCAAGGCCGCAGGCUUCCCUCUGAACGACCAGCUGUACAAGAUGAUCAUCCGUCGCUAUAGCGACGAGCACGGCGACAUGGACUUUGACAACUUUGUCGGCUGCCUGGUGCGACUCGACGCCAUGUGCAGAGCCUUCAAGACUCUCGACAAAGGAAACAGCGGCUCCAUCAACCUCGACGUCAAAGAGUGGCUUCAGCUGACGAUGUACUCGUGAAGCUUCGGCGUCGUCGUCACGUCCGUGGGACCCAAAGAGAAAAAAGGAGAACGGCUCAGAGCUGCUGUGUUGAACUUCCCGCUGCUGCCGGGUGGUGGCGCCACAACGUGCUUUACGUUCAACUUUUCUCUCCCAAUAAAAAGUCAUGACCUUGAAA